AUGGGCGCCCGCGUGCGCCCCCACCUGGGCGUCUGGCUGUGGCUGGGCAUCGCUCUGGGCCUCGCCUGGGAGCCAGCGAGUGGCCGCCUGCGGCUGGCGGUGCUGCCGGAGGACCGGCUGCAGAUGAAGUGGGCGGAGUCGGAGGGGCCCGGCCGGGGCUACCUGGUGCAGGUGAAGCCCACGGCAGGGGACUCGGAGCAGGAGGUGAUGCUGACCACCAAGACCCCCAAGGCCACGGUGGGCGGCCUGAGCCCCUCCAAGGAGUACACUCUGCAGAUCUUCGAGCUCACGGGCUCCGGGCGCGUCCUGCUGGCUCGGACGGAGUUUGUGAUCGAGGACUUGAAGAGUCGCCCCGUGAGCGGGAGCAGCCGGCGGCCCCCGGAGCCCACGCCCUCCGCCGCCGGGAGCCCGGACGCUGAGCCCCGAGUCACCGCGGCGCCCAGCCCAGCCCCGCCCACUCCCGCGGGGUCCGCACGCGGCGAGGCUGGCCCCCAGUUCCGCUGCACGCCCCCCACCCCCGCGGACAUGAUCUUCCUGGUGGACGGGUCCUGGAGCAUCGGCCACAGUCACUUCCAGCAGGUCAAGGACUUCCUGGCCAGCGUCAUCGAGCCCUUUGAAAUCGGGUCGGACAAAGUCCAAGUCGGACUGACACAGUACAGUGGAGACCCCCAGACCGAGUGGGACCUGAACACCUUUGGCACCAAGGAGGAGGUGCUGGCGGCCGUCCGAAGCCUCCACUAUAGGGGGGGAAACACCUUCACAGGCCUGGCCCUGACCCACGUGCUGGAGCGCAACCUGAAGCCCACAGCGGGCCCCCGCCCUGGGGCGGCCAAAGUGGUCGUUCUGGUGACGGACGGCAAGUCCCAGGACGACGCCCGCACCGCUGGCCGCGUCCUCAAGAGCCUGGGCGUCGACGUCUUCGCUGUGGGCGUGAAGAACGCCGACGAGGCAGAGCUGAGGCUCCUGGCGUCCCAGCCCCUGGACGUCACCGUCCACAACGUGCAGGACUUCCCGCAGCUCGGCACCCUGGCCGGCCUGCUCAGCCGCCUCAUCUGCCAGAAGGUCCAGGGCCGGAGCCCGCGAGGGGGCCCAGCGGCAGCCUCCGACCCCCCCGCCGCUCCCACCAGCCUGGUCCUGACCCAGGUGACCUCCUCCAGCGUCCACCUGUCCUGGACUCCAGCCCCUCAGCCGCCACUCAAGUACCUGGUGGUGUGGCGGCCUUCCAGGGGCGGUGCCCCCCGGGAGGUGGUGGUGGACGGGUCUAGCGCGUCCGCGGAGCUGCACGGCCUGGCCGCCGGCACGGAGCACCUGCUGUCCGUGCUCCCCGUCUCCGAGGCCGGCGUCGGCGAGAGCCUGCGGGGCCUGGUGACCACAGCGCCUCUGCCUCCGCCCCAGGCGCUCGCCCUGGCCACUGUGACGCCCAGGACCGUCCGCCUCACCUGGCAGCCCUCGGCCGGGGCCACCCAGUACCUGGUGCGGUGCGUGCCGGCCGCCCCCAAAGGCGAGGAGGAGGGCAGAGAGGUGCAGGUGGGGCGGCCAGAGGCGCUGCUGGGUGGCCUGGAGCCGGGCAGGGACUACGACAUCUGGGUGCAGAGCCUGCAGGGGGCGCAGGCCAGCGAGGCCCGGGGCAUCCGCGCCAGGACCCCACCCCUGGCCACCCCCAGACACCUGAGCUUCUCGGAUGUGACCCACGACUCGGCCCGUGUGUCCUGGGAAAGCCCCCUGAGGCCCGUGCGCCUGUUCAGAGUCAGCUACGUGUCCAGCGAGGGCAGCCACUCGGGGCAGACGGAGGCUCCUGGGAACGCCACCUCAGUCACCCUGGGUCCCCUCUCCUCCUCUACAACCUACUCCGUCCGCGUCACCGGCCUCCACCCCGGGGGCAGCUCCUCCGCGAUGACCGGACGCCUGACCACGCGGAAAGUCCCCAGCCCGAGCCGGCUCUCGGUGACCGAGCUGCCUGGGGGCGAGGUCCGGCUGACAUGGGCGGUGGCCGCCGCGUCCGGGGUGCUCGUCUACCGGAUCAGGUGGACGCCUCUGGGAGACGGGAAGGUGCACGAGAUCUCUGUCCCGGGGAGCCUGGGCGCGGCCGUGCUGCCCGGCCUGGGGCGGCAGGCGGAGCACGAGAUCACCGUCCUGGCCUACGACCGGGACGGCGCCCACAGCGACCCUGCGUCCGUCCGCUACGCCCCCCCCCACACCCCCUCAGUCAGCCGGAGCCCACCCUCCAACCUGUCCCUGGCUUCCGAGUCGCCCAGCAGCCUGCGGGUCAGCUGGACGCCCCCGACCGGCCCUGUCCUCCGCUACCGGCUCACCUACGCGCUGGCCUCGGGCUCCGGACCGGAGAGAUCGGUCUCUGUUCCAGGAUCCAGGAGCCACGCGACGCUCCCCGACCUGCUGGCGGCCACCAAGUACAGGGUCCUGGUGACCGCGGUGUACGGGGCGGGGGAGAGCGCGGCCGUGUCUGCCACGGGCCGGACAGCCUGCCCGGGCCUCCUCGCGGACGGCUCCCUCGCAGGCUUCGACCUGAUGGCGGCCUUCGGGCUGGUGGAAAAGGAGUACGCGUCCCUCCGCGGCGUCGCCAUGGAGCCCUCGGCGCUGGGGCCCGCCAGGACCUUCACGCUUCUCAGGGACGCUCAGCUGACCCGCCGGGCCAGCGACAUCCAGCCGGCCCCCCUCCCGCCGGAGCACACGGUCGUCUUCCUCCUGCGCCUCCUCCCCGAGACGCCCCGCGAGGCCUUCGCGCUGUGGCAGAUGAUGACCGAGGACUUCCAGCCUGUCCUGGGGGUCCUGCUGGACGCCGGCAGAAAGACCCUGACCUACUUCAGCCACGACGCCAGGGCGGCCUUGCAAGAGGUGACCUUUGACCUGCCUGAAGUGAGGAGGAUCUUCUUUGGGAGUUUCCACAAGGUGCACGUGGCCGUGGGCCGCUCCCGGGUGCGGCUCUACGUGGACUGCAGGAAGGUGGCUGAGAGGCCCAUCGGGGAGGCGGGCAGCACCCCCGCCUCCGGCUUCGUCACGCUGGGGAGGCUGGCCAAGGCCCGGGGCCCCCGCAGCAGCUCGGCCGCGCUCCAGCUCCAGACGCUGCGGAUCGUGUGCAGCGACACCUGGGCGGAGGGGGACCGGUGCUGCGAGCUCCCUGCGUCGAAGGAUGGAGAGACCUGCCCUGCCCCACCUCCUGCCUGCGCCUGUUCCUCGGAAGCGCCCGGGCCCCCAGGACCGCAGGGCCCUCCGGGCCUCCCGGGCAGGAGAGGAGCCCCAGGACAGCAGGGUCUCCCUGGGCCCCGGGGUCCGCCCGGGGUCAAAGGAGAGAAGGGGGACCACGGCUCCCCGGGCCUGCAGGGUCACCCCGGCCACCAGGGCGCCCCCGGGACGGCUGGCCUCCAGGGUCCAAAGGGAAUGAGAGGCCUGGAGGGCACUGCUGGCCUGCCCGGACCCCCCGGACCCAGGGGGUUCCAGGGCAUGGCAGGGGCCCAGGGAGCCAGUGGGGAGCGAGGACCCCCCGGGGCCGUGGGACCCACGGGGCUGCCGGGGCCCAAGGGGGAGCGAGGAGAGAAGGGGGAGCCCCAGUCCUUGGCCACCAUCUACCAGCUUGUGAGCCAGGCCUCGCACCUGCUGAAGUUCGGCUCCUUCCUCCACGGGAGCAGCGGGCCCCCCGUGCCCGUCCUGGGGGCCCCCGGACCCCCCAUCACACACAGUGCAGCCCGGCCCCCUGGAGAGGGGGGACGUGGGGGUUCCCGCCUUGAGGACAGAGGUGAGCCCGGAGCCCUGGCUCAGACGGGCAGUGCGCAGCCGCAGGGGAGCGGGAGCCCGGGGCCGCCGCGGGGAGCAGACCGCCGCCUUCUCUCCGGCCAGGGCGGUUCCCGUGCCGCCUCGAGUGACCGGCGCCCCCGCCUGGAGUCCCGGACACCGUGGUGGUCGGUGCGGUAG